AAAGUAGUGAAAGAAGAAUCACAAUUGGCGAAAGCAAAAGAGAAAAUCAAAGAGAUGAUGCAUGAAGCACGUUUGAUGCGCUUUUUUAAGCACAUUAACGUUGUUCGAAUUCAUGGCGUCGCGGUGUUUCGCGAACCACUCAUGAUUAUCAUGGAGAGGAUUUACGGUGGCUCUAUAGUGGACGUGCUCACCCUAACGCGAGUUGGACAAGUAAGUGAAGAUGAGAAAAUUAGUAGCAUGUCACUGGGUGCGGCAAGAGGUCUGGAAUACGUUCACUCAAAAAACUGCAUUCAUCGGGAUAUUGCGGCCAGAAAUGUUCUCUAUACCGACACAAGAAUUGUAUGGUUUUUUUUUUCUGAGAUGUACUCUGUUCGCCUCCUAGGAAUUGGCCUUUUCUAG